UGAAUAGAUGAAAUUGGACAGUGUAAAUCUGAAUCUCAUAAAUAUGUAUUAUGUAUUAUGUUUUUGUUGGAUUUAGAUAUUAUAAUUAAUUAAUUCCAUUCAAUAUAGAUUAUUUGUUGGUUUUUUUUUUGGGGGAGAAAUAUUAUAUUUGAUGUUAAUGAAUGUUAGGUAAUGUUAGUGCUGCAUGUUUUCUGGAGCUUCUUUUCAUGGGGAAAAACAUGAGAUUCAAAGAAGAAAAAGGAGUAACAAACAAGAAGAAUUAGUAGUAAAAGUGAAAAAGAGAGCCACAAACGAAGGAAAAACAGAAAAACAGAGCAUGCUCUUUCCAUAGCAACGCUUAACAACAAAACCAUGAACAACAACACCCAGGGGGAAGAUCAUCAGCCUAAGAAAGAAAGCCUUGAUUCCAGAUUCAACCAAACCCUCAGAAAUGUCCAAGGGUUGCUUAAGGGUCGCAGCAUUCCUGGUAAAGUAUUAUUGACUAGAAGGUUGGAAUUAUUCGACAAUUCAGGCAUACAGCAUCAAUCUCCCAGUUAUCAAAGAAGCUAUUCUCAGAAUGACGCUGCAAGGAGUAAUGACGCGGACAAAUACAUGGAGGGAGGGGUCAGAAAUACAAAUAACUCAGAUAGUAAUGCAACUGUUAAUAAGUUAAGAUCUUCAGCCUCAAACAUUGAGACCUCUGCUAGAGAAGUCAAGUCUGUGAUGGGUGCAAGAUCUACAGAUUCUGCAAGGGUUUUGAAGUUCACUAAAGAGCUCUCAGGGCAAAUGAUCGUAGUAGAGAGGUUACGUGAAUUAGCUUGGAGUGGUGUUCCACCUUACAUGCGUCCUGAUGUAUGGAGACUUCUUCUGGGAUAUGCACCACCUAAUUCAGAUAGAAGGGAGGGAGUUCUAAGGAGGAAACGCCUUGAAUAUCUUGAUUGUGUUGCUCAAUUUUAUGACAUUCCGGAUACUGAACGUUCAGAUGAUGAGAUCAAUAUGCUUCGCCAGAUUGCUGUCGAUUGUCCUAGAACGGUACCUGAUGUUGCCUUCUUUCAGCAAGCACAAGUUCAAAAAUCCUUGGAGCGCAUUCUUUAUACAUGGGCCAUUCGGCAUCCUGCUAGUGGAUAUGUGCAGGGGAUAAAUGAUCUAGUUACACCCUUUCUAGUUGUCUUCUUAUCAGAGUACUUAGACGGGAGCAUAGAUAGUUGGUCAAUCUCUGAAUUAUCUUCAGCGAACAUCUCCAACAUAGAAGCCGACUGUUAUUGGUGCUUGUCACAGUUGCUUGAUGGCAUGCAAGACCAUUACACAUUUGCUCAACCAGGAAUCCAGAGGCUUGUAUUUAAGCUGAAGGAAUUGGUUAGGCGAAUUGAUGAACCUGUUUCUAGACAUGUGGAAGACCAAGGACUUGAAUUUCUUCAAUUUGCCUUUCGCUGGUUCAACUGCCUACUGAUACGUGAGAUUCCUUUCCAUCUAGUAACCCGUCUAUGGGACACAUAUCUUGCUGAAGGAGAUGCACUCCCAGAUUUUCUUGUGUACAUAUUUGCCAGUUUUCUUUUAACGUGGUCAGAAACACUUCAGAAGCUUGAUUUUCAGGAAUUGGUGAUGUUCCUUCAACACCUUCCAACUCACAACUGGACGUAUCAAGAGCUUGAAAUGGUGCUUUCUAGGGCAUAUAUGUGGCACAGUAUGUUUAACAACUCUCCCAGUCACUUGGCUAGUUAAACCCAAAUUUUAUGUCUACUAUUUUAUUGAUGAAUUCUAUUUGUUUUGUUGAUCAAAAAGCGGUUUCACCCGAGCAAUCAAUGUUCAUGUUUUUGUUUUCAAGUAGAGGCCUAGAAUGUCAUUUCUUGUAUUUUGGCAUGUAAUUUCACAUAUUUGUAAUACCAAACAAGCAUUACUUUGUACAUCUACCUUGAACUUAAGAAAGGGCACUUGUAUAACAAAUUGCCACAGUUUGGAGCUGUUGUGUGAGCAUUGGACA